UCUGUUGAUUGUACCAUCCUUGACAAAUAUAAACAUUAAGUAAGAGAAAAGUUAUUAUUGAGUUAAGCCUUAUCACUUAGAAGGAUAGAUAGAUAAAGCGAAGCAAUCAUUACAAUAUUUGCCCAUAUUUCAUUUUAAAAUCGCAUUUAAAUGCUAGAUUCAUUGUUUAUAUUCCCUACAAAUAAGAUAAAAUAUUUAUAUUUUGUACUAUCUCUUCCAAAUCACUUGCACGCAGCGCAAAGAUAUAUUCGUGUUCGCCCAAAUUUGCUUCUUUGGGAGGAAUUUCCGAUUAGUAUAAAGCAGACGAAUUUCAUGGUAUAUUCUGACCGCGGAAUGUCUAUAAUGGCAAUCAAAUCAAUUCGGCGUUGCAGAUUAUCUAUAUGCAGUCAUUAUGCAUUACUAGCACAUGCAAAAGUAUGUUGUAACAUGUAUAAUGGAAAUUUCCACGGACGCACGUAUAUCGCGAUGGAAUAUAUAAAAUUUACGGCGAUUUUAAUACUGGGAAUAGUCCCAUACAUGCUUCGUUCGAGCGUGGAAGCUCAAAGAAUAUCUGAUAAGGCGGUGAAGGAUUCCUCCGAUAACAACGUCUUUCCAAAGGAUUUUCUAUUCGGCGUUUCGACCUCUGCGCCUCAGUACGAGGGUGCAUGGGAUGCGAACGGUAGAGGACUGUCCGUAUGGGAUUACAUGACUCAUGCAGAUUCGAAAUUGAUAGAGGACGAGAGUAAGAUGGAUGUAGCAAAUGAUUUCUACCACAAGUACAAAGAGGACCUACGUCUGGCGAGAAGUAUUGGUACCCAAAUGUUUAAGCUCUCCUUCUCAUGGACAAGAAUUUUACCCAGCGGCUUUACGAAUCAUAUCAGUAAGGAAGGUGUGCGAUUUUAUAAGAAUGUAAUCGAUGAGAUAUUGGCGAAUGGAAUGAUACCAAUGGUCACAUUAUUUCAUUGGGAUUUGCCGAAUGAUAUGCAGAAAAUGGGUGGCCUAACUAAUCCAUUAUUUGUCGAUUGGUUUGAGCAAUAUGCUAAAUUUGUAUUCUCUACUUUUGGCAACAAGGUGAAAUUCUGGACGACCAUUCAUGAGCCAAAUAAUCUCUGCUACGGUGGUUACAGUUUCGAAUUCAUACCGCGCUUAAACUUGCCGGGAAUCGCGGAUUACUUGUGUGGGCAUCAUGCCAUGCUUGCUCAUGCGAGAGUGUACCACUUAUACGAUCGUGAAUUUCGUCCCAUUCAGAACGGUAAAGUAGGUUACUCUGUGAACUGUGAGUGGGCCUUACCAAAUGACUCCUCGUCACAGGAAGAUGUGAUUGCAGUGGAAGCCGACUAUAAGUGGUUUAUCAGUGGUUUUCUCAAUCCGAUAUUCAGCAGCGACGGUGACUAUUUGCUCAUCAUGAAGAAACGUAUAGCUAACUACAGUCGCGUUCAAGGAUUCGCCAGGUCGCGUCUACCGAGCUUCACGAAAGAACAGAUUCGCAACGUGCGCGGCUCAGCGGAUUUCCUUGGGAUAAAUUAUUAUACGUACGAAAUAAUGAAAGCGGAAAUAAUAAACACCAGUGGAAUUACCGAUGUAUCUUACGUCCAUGAUGUGGGCGCAAACACGUCAGAAGAGGUCCGUCCUCAGAAUGCACCGUGGGUAUUUGCCAAGGCAAUACAACGCUUGAACGAGGAUUAUCAUCCUACGAUUUACAUUACUGAGAAUGGCUUUCCCGAAUCCGGUUUGGAGGACAAGGUUAAGAUAGCGUACUUGCAGGGACACCUCACUGAAGUAUUAAAAGCAAUACAGAAAGGCGUAGACAUACGAGGUUACUUGUUAUGGUCGCUGCUGGACAAUUUCCAAUGGCAAUAUGGUUAUAAGCGAAAAUACGGACUUUUCCAAGUUAACUUCAAUGACACGCGUCUUGUUAGAACUCCGAGGUUGUCAGCAAGAUACAUCGCUCACGUUUAUAAAACACGACGUUUGGAGGAUACGUUAGAUAUAUAAAAAUUUGCCCGCAUUGAAUACAAGCGUAUAAAAUAAAAUAAAUUAUUCAUGUAUGUAACAAUCUACAACGUUUAA